GUAACAGCAAAGCGAGUUCCUGGCGAAGCAAGUAGGACGGUUGCACGGUACAGUUUGUACACGCAAGGUCGUGUCCCGUUUCGCGGGGUUGGAGUUUCUUAUUUUUGGACAAAGAUGAUGUCCACAGCCGUUCGGCCCGGGGCUCUGUCCCCGUACCUUCAGGCUACUAAACAUGCCGUUAAAGGCCUGGUGUUCCUCGGAGGGAAGGAGCCGCUGCCCGCCGCCGCUGCUGGAGGAAUCCGCCUCGCCCAUACAGACAUCAAGAUUCCCGACUUUUCAGACUACCGCCGCCCUGAGGUUUUGGACCCCAACAAGUCCUCCCAGGAGAGCAGUGAAGCAAGAAGAACCUUCUCCUACCUGGUGACCGGAGCCACCACUGUGGUGGGCGUCUACGCUGCCAAGACGGUGGUCACCCAGUUCGUCUCCUCCAUGAGUGCGUCAGCUGAUGUCCUGGCCUUGUCCAAGGUGGAGAUCAAGCUGGCCGACAUCCCAGAAGGCAAAAACAUGACCUUCAAGUGGAGAGGAAAGCCCUUGUUCGUCCGUCACCGCACAGAGAAAGAGAUCGCUGCAGAGGCUGCUGUGAAUGUCGCCGAGCUGCGUGACCCCGAGCAUGACAAGGAUAGAGUCCAAAACCCCAAGUGGGUCAUCGUCCUCGGUGUGUGCACCCACCUGGGUUGUGUGCCCAUCGCUAAUGCUGGAGACUUCGGGGGUUAUUACUGCCCCUGCCACGGCUCCCAUUAUGAUGCUUCAGGAAGAAUAAGAAAGGGACCCGCUCCUCUUAACCUGGAGGUUCCCUACUACGAGUUCCCUGAUGAUGACACAGUCAUAGUGGGAUAAAUGCUGGAUUUUCACUGGAGCUUUAUUUUGGCUCCUCUCUGAUAUUUAAGAUGGCUUUAUGUGAGAGUUGGGGGUGUCAAAAUAUGUGUGUAUGUACUAAUAAAGACAUAUUUCCAAGUUUA